CGCUUACGCUUACACUUGCAAAAGCACAACUCCAAAUCUCUCUCUCUCUCUCUCUCUAACCUCUCUACCUGACUAAGACCGAAAGAAAAAACCUAUAUAAACAGACUCCCGCUAUUUCUGCAUCUCUCGCUAAAAAAACCAUACGCAUUUGCGCAAACCUCUCUCUCUCUCUCUCUUCCCCCUCGCUCUCUCUCUCCUCUCUUUCUCCGUAAUUUUCAUGGAUUCCCCCUCUCGCUCCUCCGUCAUCGUCAUCGGCGCCGGCGUCUCCGGUAUAUCGGCAGCGAAAGUGCUGGCGGAGAAGGGAAUAGAGGACUUGCUGAUUCUAGAAGCUUCGGAUCGCAUCGGCGGGAGAAUCCGGAAAGAGAACUUCGGCGGUGUGUCGGUGGAGCUCGGCGCCGGGUGGAUCGCCGGCGUCGGCGGCAAGGAGUCCAAUCCGGUUUGGGAUCUCGCCGCCAAAUCCUCUCUCCGCACCUGCUUCUCCGAUUAUAGUAAUGCUCGCUACAACAUCUACGAUCGAAGCGGGAAGAUAUUCCCGAGUGGAAUCGCCGCCGACUCGUACAAGAGAGCGGUGGAAUCGGCAAUUCAGCAGCUGAGAAUCCAAGAGGCCAAUCCUUGUUCUCGCGACCUCUACAAAGUCUCCGAACCGCCUUCAGCGCCAAAAACGCCAAUAGAGCUCGCCAUUGACUUCAUCCUUCACGAUUUCGAGAUGGCAGAGGUUGAACCCAUAUCGACCUAUGUGGAUUUUGGAGAGCGAGAAUUUCUAGUUGCAGAUGAGAGAGGGUAUGAGCAUUUGCUUUACAAAAUGGCUGAAGAUUUCCUCUUCACCUCCGGGGGUAAAAUCUUGGAUAGCCGCCUCAAACUCAAUAAGGUUGUUCGGGAAUUACAGCACUCGAGAAACGGCGUUACGGUAAUAACGGAGGAUGGUUCUGUCUACGAUGCUGACUACGUUGUUUUGUCUGUUAGCAUUGGCGUUCUCCAAAGCGACCUCAUUUCCUUCAACCCAUCCUUACCCAGAUGGAAAACAGAGGCCAUACAACAAUGUGAUGUGAUGGUGUAUACAAAGAUCUUUCUUAAGUUUCCUUAUAAGUUCUGGCCUUGUGGACCCGGCAAAGAGUUCUUCAUUUAUGCCCAUGAGCGCAGAGGCUACUAUACCUUUUGGCAGCACAUGGAAAACGCUUAUCCAGGGUCAAAUAUCCUGGUGGUGACGUUGACCAACGGUGAAUCAAAGCGUGUGGAGGCUCAACCUGAUGGGGAGACAUUGAAAGAAGCCAUGGAAGUGCUUAGAAAUAUGUUUGGGCCUGAUAUUCCUGAUGCUACUGAUAUACUUGUGCCUCGCUGGUACAACAACAGGUUUCAGCGUGGCAGCUACAGUAACUAUCCUAUUAUCACCAAUGACCAAGAUUUUCAUGAUAUCAAGACGCCGGUGGGACGGAUAUUCUUCACCGGAGAACACACAAGCGAAAGAUUUAGUGGCUAUGUCCAUGGUGGAUACCUUGCCGGUAUUGGCACGGGUAAAGCUUUGCUAGAAGAGAUGGAGAAAGACAAGGAAAGAAAAAGCGAGAGUCAAACAUUUUUGCUAGAACCCUUGUUAGCGUUGACCGGUUCGUUGACUUUGACACAGACAGAUACAGUUUCGGGUCCUCACAAAUGCGAAAUCCCCACACAAUUAUACCUCAGUAGCAACAUUGGCAUCCAAGAAGCGAUAUUAUGACUAGAAGAACCUUUAUACAAUCAUCCUCACCUUGAUGAAGCUGAAAAUAUGAUCACAACGAGAGAUGUCAAGAAGGGCUUGGACAAAAAUUACUUUCAGGCCCUUGGCGCCAUCCAUGAAUUUGAUUGAAGAGGCCAACCAAAUGGGGGAAUAUAAUGUGCGGAAAGAUGCACAUUUUUUUCCCAUGGAGGGCAUAUAUGAUUGUUGCUGGGGGGGUAUAUAUCAAAAUAUCAAUUGGGGCAACGUUUUGGAGGUCGGAAAGGGAAUUAUUUUUGGCAUUAAUUUGAAGAUUGGUUCGUUAUUGCAGGAAUGGAGAUUUAAGGGAGCAAAUUGGGAAUACUAGGGUUCUAAUUGUACUACUUAACACUUCAUAUUAAUAAGUUAAUACAAUUAUAUCAUUUCUUUUGGUGUUAAAA